AUGUACGUAACUACCGCUGAUCUCGGAUAUAUGAUUACUAUAACCGUUUGCGGUAUUAUGAGCAUUCUUGCCAACAUGUUUCUACUUUACAUGAUCAUUCAAAGGAGCCCACCAUAUCUGACUCCUUACCGAAUUUUUCUUGGAAAUACUGCACUAACUCAAUUACUGUAUUCUGUUGUGAUGAUAACGAUUGAACCAAGGAUUAUUUCUUAUGAAAUGCGUAUUGUUGUAAUUUAUCUGGGUCCUGCACAAUUUUUGGGCCCAUGGGCUUGCUAUAUGCUUUGCGUGACGAUGUUGCACCUCGCAGUCAAUUCAUUUAUUUCAAUAAUGCUUUCCAUGGUUUUUCGAUGUAUAUCAAUUCGAACAUUGGGUUUUCCUACGUCAGGAGCGUACUUCAUGUGUAUUUUGGGAUACGUGAUACCAUUGACAAUGGUGCUUGGUGCUCUCAACAUGGAAUUUGUCAGCGAUGUAGAGUCGAAUAACCGUUAUAUCAACAACAAUGUACCGUAUUUAGAACGAUACCGUACAGCUGUUGGCAUGCACGUAGAUCAGGCUUGUGUUCUAUGGGUCGUAUUUUGUGUCUCCUUUCUUUUCAUUCCCAUCUAUGUUGUUAUGUAUUUUUGUCGAUGGAAGAUCUACCGUAUGAUUUCGCGUCCUUCUUUUGUUCAAAAUCAAUCCACACAGACAAAUAUACAGAAACUUGUAAUGGCGCUUACAGUUCAAUCAAUUAUCCCACUUUUCACAAUAUUCCCAGCCUCAUUAUCGUAUAUGUUGGCCCAGUUUGGAAUGUUACAAUUUCACAUGUACAGCUACUUUACAAUUUCAUGUCUUAGCGUUGCUACCCUAAUGGAUCCAUUAGUCACAAUGUACUACGUCAGUCCUUAUCGGCGAUUUGCUAGAAGGUGUUUAGGAUUAUCGCGGAGCGAUUCCGAGAUUGCUGUUGUCAGGGCCGGCUCGUUCGAUAAGUCAAGUAGCCUGCGGAAAUCUUUCGUUUCUAUGCGUCGCAAUUCAUCGUUCCGAAGGGGUUCUCCGGUUUGA